AUGGUCCUAGACUCACCUCGGGACUGCGGUCCCUCCCCACGCUGCUCUGUUCUGUUGAAUGCCCAGUGCCCCUCGCAGGGCAUCGUGUCACCCCGUGCAGCCGUGGCAGAGCCCUGGGGACUGCCAGCCAUGAUGGUCAUUGUGGCUGGCCAGCCCCUGAGCAGAACAGGCCCCCCAGCCCGGCCAGUGGUGUUGUGGGGACCCUCGUUAUUUAACUACACAGCCUCUAUACUCAUCAUGGAUGCCUAUAAGUGGAAGCAGGGUGUUUGCUGUCUGCUCCAGGAGGGACUCUGCAGAGGCCCGGAGACCUGUGUGGACGACGGGGUCCUUGGAAGGUGCCAGAAGCUUCCUGCCCUGGACAUGGACGACUCUGAGGGGUCACCUGGGGCUCUGCAGAACCUGCCUGCCUCACGGAAGAAGCUCUCCCACACAGGUCUCACACGGCAGGUGACGGCCUCAGAACUGCUGCUCCGCCUCCCCAAGACCCAACCGGGGCACCCUAAGGCCCCCAGCACUGCCCGGGUGGCGAGACCACAGGUGGCCGGCAGGAGAAGGCCAGCCUUGGAGAGCACGUCCGCGCUGACCACUGCACUGCAGCGCUAUCUGCUGUCACUGCAGGCCCCGUCCCUGGCCGUGGGCCCCGACUCGCCACCCUGGACACAGCACCACAGCCCGCCAGCCCAGGUAUCAGAGCCGCAAGUGGAGGGGGUGCUCACCCACAAGACCUGGCCCUCUGCCCUGACCUCCACCCUGGGGGCCCCACGCCUCACACCCAGGGCUGGCUGAGGCCAGAGGAGCUCAGCCCAAAGGUGGAAAGCGAUGUGGACACAGAGAGAAUGCUGGCUGCCCUGGGAGCCUACAUGUCUCAGCGGCGGCCCGCAGCUCUCCAGAAGGAGGACUCAGGGCCUCGAGGCCUGCGCCCUGCACGCUGGGGGGGCUCACAAAGCCAGAAGGCCCCCCAGAAGCAACCAGGAUCCUCCGGAGCCCGGAGGGUGCCCGAGGACAAGGCUC